UGUCGAUAACCGAGUAGGAGCGUCCGAGCGAAACUAGCGCGCAACCUUCUCGCCUACCACUCGCAGUAGCCCGCUCGAGUAGAUUUGGUUUUCUUCGAAAGUCUGUGGAUAUCAAACGGCACGCUGGAUCCCCGGGUGGUUAGGAAAGGAAGUUUACCUUCCAUAUUCAAGAAGAUGCCUAUACGGACGGAUUCCCUGCUGUCAACGAUAGCCGAAGCCUCUGCAGCCGGCGUUUCUGUGAAGAAUCAUUACAAGCUAGUGGUGAUGGGUGCUUCGCGAGUUGGAAAGUCAGCCGUGAUACAGAGAUUUCUCUACAACAACUUUCCGGUCAAAUAUACGCCGACAGUUGAAGAAUUCCAUUCCGGAGAGUUCGAUUUCAAUGGUAUUUCGAUUACAUUAGACAUCAUCGACACAUCGGGAUCCUACGAAUUUCCUGCGAUGCGUAGGCUCUCUAUCGAAACAGGGGACGCGUUUUUGUUAGUGUUCGCGGUCGACGAUGCAGCUUCUUUCGAGCAGGUUGUCCAAUUGCGAGAUGAGAUACUCUCGUACAACAACAAGGAACGGCGAUCGAUAAUUGUAGUUGCCAACAAGGCCGAUCUCAGCAGCGAUUCGUGGCGAAUCAAGCGAGAGUUAGCGGAAACUCUUGUUUCCAUCGAUUGGGAACUCGCUUACGUCGAGUGUUCGGCGAAGGACGGACGCAACAUAAUCGAGAUCUUCCGUCGUAUCAUGCUCCAAUGCAAGAUACCCUACGAGCUGAACGAGCGCAUUGUCAACAAGCAACGCCGUCGAUCCCUACCUGUGCACAACACUCAACCGUCACUGAAAGACAAAGCGCUCCUCAAGAGAAACUCGUGCAACGUGUCAUGAAGAAUACAGGGAGAAGCUUGUUCAUGAUGAACGAGUACGCUGCGCUCCUCUCGGUCCGGACUCAGACGCUCCUGGGAGCAGCACGGAGUCCCGGAACUCAAUGGGUCCUAAUCCUGGCUCCGACAGACCCGUCUUCUUCCCUCUCCCGUCGAUACGUAUGGAGUCAAACAACUGGCACAUCAGCGUAGCUUUAUGCACAUACACCGAAGGUAUGAGAAUCUUUAUAGACACACGCGAAACCAUCAACGAGUGGAGGAGAACCUCGAGUCUACACAAUAUACAUAUGAUGCGGGAGAAGAGCCUCUCAUCUUCCAAGGAGAGAUGCUCGACAACUAUGAAUUCACGGAACAAAUAUCGCCUUGCCGGAUGAAUGAUCGUUGACUGAGCGUCUGGAUACUACAACGAAUGUUCAGUAGUCUAGAGCCCUGUAGACUCCAAACUCUGAUGUGCGACUGCUGGAAUGUUGAUAAACGCUGCGACUGUUUGUUUGAUUGAUUGAUCGGUUGAUUGGCUGAUUGAUUGGUGGAUAAUUCAGAUGGGACAUGGGAUUGGACGAACAUAUUCGGAUUCGACCACCGAAGAAUUCGCUGUCCGAGUGAUGUGUUGAUUGAUUGAGCGCGCGAUUGAUGAAU